AUGAAUCCUAACUUUCUCCUCGCCCUGCCAUUGCCUAUCCGCCAAAAAAUCUACACAGAAUACCUAGGCUUCGAACAGUUCCACCAAUGCGACUUCAACAGCGUAAACGACCUAGCCUCUGUAGGCGAAUGGUCCGCUCGCCAGCGCCGUUCCAACAAACCACCAUUGAGCACACUCCAGUGCUUUGACUGUGGCUUUAAAUCUUGUUCCCGGUGCAAGCAUCGCUUGGCGAAUCAGCUGUUCUAUGUUUCGAGGAAUGUGUCUGAGGAUGCACGGUCGAUUUUCUAUUCCAGCAAUCGGUUCUCCGUGGAUAGUGAUAGGUACUCUAGGCUUCUGCUGCUGAGGUAUCUUACGCCUACGGUGUUGAGGGCUUUGAGGUCAAUCCGGGUUGGGGUGGAGCCUGGGCGAGAGCGCAGUGAAUACAUCUUCAGUAUGUAUCAGGAGAGACAGUGCGAUGCGAAUUACAUCGACAAGGUUCGUUGGGAGGAACAGGCCAAGAAGCAAGAGGUUUUGCCUGACUGGCUUGAUUUUUGCUCGAGGCUAGCUGCGCAUGUGAAGCCAGAUCAGCUGGAGCUUAGCGUUUCUGGUAGUUUCUUUGAUAUCGAUACGACGCGGGAAUUUCUGAAUCCAUUGCUCGAUCUGCCGCGUUUGAGGGACUGCUCUAUCUACACUGGACUUGUUCAUGGUAAGGAGUUGCAGUUGUUUGUCGAGGAUAUCGUCAAGAGGGCUACCACACGACAAAAAGGCUAUAACAAAGACACGACCGGAUUCCCAUUCACCAAGCUUCCAGGCGAGAUCCAACUCCGAAUCCUGAAGUAUACGGAUCUAAUAUCCCCCGACGUCCUUGCCUGGAUACCCCCCAUGGGCUUCGUCCCCCGAGGAUGUGAAACCGAAAAAUGCGAGGGAACACUAUUUGUCUUCUACCUGUGGAAUCGAUUCUCCCUGAGACUCAGCCGUCCAUGGUUUAACCUCGACUAUAAUCUGUUGGCCCCUCGCAACUUCAAAAACGAUCCGUUGUACCUCCUAACCCCGUUCCCCGAAUACUGUCUUCAAUAUCUCCAGCAUCUCGAAUGGUACGUCGACUUCCCCGAGAUCGAAUCCCUCCUUCCAGGCGGGGAAAACCACGGUUUCUGGCUUGAGGUGCUGGACCUGCUUUCUCAACAUACGUCCCCGCACCAAUUAACCCUCAUCCUGGAUAUGUCGCUCGAAGCAUACCAUCAGAGAUUCUCCUUUAAUCUACCGGGGGAACCUGGCUACAAGGAUCCCACAAAGGAGAAAUGGGAGUGUUACCGGGAGAUAAUCAAGCCUGUGGCGACUAGGUUACGGGGAUUAAAGGAUUUCUUUCUGAGACUUUCUUGGCCAGUGCAGACUGCCAAGGUAAAGGCAAGGGAUGCGAUGGAGGCGGAGCUGGAGAGGGCGGUUAUGGGAGAGGAAUAUGAUAGUUUUAAAAGGGGGAAGACGUUGACGAAUUCGGUUUGAUGCGAGAUGCGUGGGCUGUUGAUCUAUAGGAUGGUCGACUGUAUAUAUGCGGUGCUAUUGUUCCUGGUCUGAAGGAUCACAGGAUUCGAUAGGUCUACAUUGAUAUCUUCUGAUUCGUUCGAAUAUAAAAAUAGUAAACACCAAAUAUAUCUAUAGCAGCCAAGGACAAACUGGAUGAGUCCGGU